CCCUGUGACCAUCUCUCUGGGGCACUGCUGGCAACGGAAAUGUGCUGUUUUGUUGCCAAAGCUUGUUGUUUGCCUGCGUUAUGUAGCUUUCCGCUGCUAAGCUCUUGAAUAUGCCAUGUGUGCAGCAUGUCAAACCGUGUUGAAGACUCCUGCGCAAGAUGGUAUAGACGAUGUCAACACGAGAGCCAAAACAUCGAUGCAACAGCAGCUGUUUCAGCUGUCUUCCUGCAUGGUGACAGACCGGAUUUGUGGAUACCUAAACAUGCCCGUGUAAUGUGUGACUGACAAAAUAAACAAUAAUGGGGGGACUACUAAGUAGACAGAACGUUAGUGUUGAAGAAACGGAUUCUGUGAGCAGCAGUGCUUAUAGAUACCCGCCGAAGUCUGGCAACUUCUUCGCCAGUCAUUUUAUAAUGGGAGGCGAGCGCUUCGAUACGAAUCAGCCUGAAGCGUACCUCUUUGGAGAGAACACGGAUCUAAACUUUCUGGGUGGCAAACCAACGCCGUUUCCGUACCCUGCUCCACAAGCAAAUGAGCCAACGCGACCACUGCGCAGUCUGAUCAACAUAAGAAAGGAAUCUGUGCGCUUCGUCAGGAUUCUGGACACCAAGAAGACCGAGAUAGUAAGCAAUGAAGUGGAACAGCCUCAAAGGCAGCCCUACUUGUACAACAUAGAAUUCACCUUCGAUUCAGAUGUCCGCUGUGCAAUCACUAUCCAUUAUUUCUGUUCAGAAGAGAUUACACCGACUGGCAUCGUGUACACACCUCGCAACUCCAGUAUGAGCUCUGAGACAUAUCAUUACAAGAGAGGAACCAACCAACAGUUCUCACAGACGUCCCACAUCAUCGACCCUUCCGGUUACUCGGACGAAGAGCUCAACUACCACUAUGGUGACGAUGACAGCCUACCAAUGGUUAUACACUGUGUAGCAGAGGAAGGGGACGAGCCACGUCAGUCGCACGUGUUGGUAGCAGUCAUGGAGAAGAACUCGGAUGGCACCUAUGCCUUAAAACCUUUGAAACAGAAACUCUUUGUAGACGGCCUUUGUUACCUCCUGCAGGAGAUCUAUGGCAUUGAAAACAAAAAUAUUACCCAAGGGAAGACUGCUGAAGAGGAAGCAGAAGAGGGUGGAGCGGAAUGCGUAAUCUGCAUGUGCGACGGGCGGGACACCCUUAUUUUGCCCUGUCGUCACCUAUGCCUUUGUUCUGGGUGCGCUGACUCUCUGCGAUACCAGGCCAACAAUUGUCCUAUUUGCCGUGCCCCAUUUCGUGCCCUGCUUCAAGUACGUGCUGUUCGAAGGUCGGCUGCAGCAGUAGGAGCUUCAUUGCCUGCAGCAGUACCACACCUGGGCGAUCAUCAGGCAUGCGUUGACGUGCCUCCAGGCUAUGAAGUUGUACCCUUGGUAGAAGCGUUAAAUGGUCCAACCUGUCCUGCUCCAAUUCACCUGACUGUGGGCCUUCCACAAGAUGCUGGUAGUCCAGACAGCUCUGCAAGAGUCCUUCGCAUCAACAGGCAUCGCGCUGGCAGCAACAUAUCUGUUCUUGGAUCACCGCUGGGGGAGGUGCCUUCAAAAGUCGUGGUAGCGCAAGUUGUGUCGUCUUCCGAGCAAGAUGGUCCCACAGAGGCAGUUCCACGUGUGGCUGUACACACUGGUGGUGACAGCCGGCGCCUGCGAAGGAGCUCCUCCCGGGGGGCAGCACCUGAGCAGGUGCGACUUUUGACUCAAGGCUCCCACCGAAGCAAGACGAGCCACGACACAGACUUGGCAGAAACACGCUCACUUCUAGAAGAAGGUGGAGUGACUCAGGCACAGCGUCCGGCACCACCUCGGAGUAGCUCCGUCUCCACGCCUCACUCCCUGCACUUAUGCGAAGGUCCUGAUACAGAGAACAAAGCCACAGAUACUUCACCAGGUGGAGAAGAAUCUGAUUACUACACUCCAGAAGAUCCGGCUACUGCUGUGCAUUUUCUUGUGGAUCGUGCUACGGACACGAGCCUCGAUACACCUCAGGCUGAAGUUGCUGUGGUUCAGCCUGGUUCUCCUUCUGAUGUGCCCCAUGUAGUAAGGAAAGCCUUUGCUGAACGACAGUCUCCCCUCACGUUGAGACACGAUAACUCAUCCAUAGAACUGCUUGAAGUCAAGUCCCCGCCCCCUACGGAGGUUACAAAGCCAUUGCAGGUUCUGUCACCCGUGCGUUCAACUGCAGUUAUGGUGGGACACGUUGAGACUAGCGUCUCUCUACCAGGAACGCCAGCGAGUCACACCAGCAAUCGGAGCAGCGGAGAUAGCUGUAGCAGUGCAUCCAGCACACGGAUGCUUCUGGCAUGUGCAAGAGGAUCUGUGGUAGCUCAGGAGGGCCCAACCACAUAGCUCAUGCUGUGCUUUAUUUCGAGGCUACCAUUACCUGCUUUGCAUAACAUAACCAUGGGUGCUUAACAGAGAGUGCAGGGACAGAGUGCCGACUUCGGGCCUGCGCUCAGACAGCGGGAACGCGCAAAAGUUUCUGUGUCUGCUGCUGCAUUGUGCUGGUUACCGGGGCGACGGAGUUGAAACCCGUGCGCAUGGAUCCGUGAAGAUCGCUGAUGCAGUCCGGUGCGUUAAACGCAAAGCAUUUCUCAUGCAAGUAAGAUUAUAUGUUAAUGAUGAACAUGUAAUCUUAAUUGUAGGUGGCAUGCUUUGUGCAACAUUUCAUUACAUCUGGUCCGUCACUUUAGAGAGGGGGCAAAAUCGGGGUACGACAUAUACAGUGCAACCCUGUUAACUCCAACUCGAAGGGAGCUGAAGAUUUGUUUGAAUAAAGCACAGUUCAAAUUAAAGGGAGUCCCUUUGAACGAGGGUCUGAUACGUCGGCAGCGCAAACUAGCUGCAUCGGAGAUAUGUCAUCGCUUGCUAGGCCUUGCUGCUCGUUGACGGUCACGCAAUCCCGGAAAUACAACAGGCUCAUUCGUAUUCUGGAACAUUUAUUUAUAGGUAGUGUCCCGCGUUUUUGGCAUCUGCUGAAAAAUGCAUAAAAACACUCACCGAAUAUUUUUUGGAAACUCGGCAUGUUCCAAGCAUCUCGCGCUACAUGCCGAAAAUGCUGGUACCCGGUUGCACACCGGAGCUUAACAUUUUAGUUUUUCCUUCACCUCGUUUCCAGGUGGAAUGUGCAGAAUGCCGCCCUGCUGAGCAGCUGGCCCAGGGAAAAACCUUCCUCUAUAACACUUUGAUCGGUGGGGUCAAGAGGGUUUCAAGCAACACGCGUGGAACCCUCCAACAGAGGGAACGAAACUCUUUGCAUUCUCAAUGUCCUCCUACCAGGCUGCCCUCCUUCGUUAGUCCUUCUCCCUAGUGAUUAUAGCUGCUGAUUUUUCUUCAUCUAUUUUUGGCGCAAACAAAAAAACAAAUUUGACAAGACAUAUAAGUGCCAAAAAGCACCCGCCGAAUUUUGCGGGACCCCAUUUAUAGGCAAGCAUUAAAAUAUAGGGGACCGAAAAUAGUCUCUUACACACAUGUGCAUUCUUUUUUUUUUGCCUGCAAGUCCAUCAACGCUUGUUGAACCCAGCCCAGUUGCGGUCUCUGCAAAUCCAGUCCGAGAAAAUAUCGACUGUCGACCACGCCUUUUUGCUUGCUGUGUAGUCAACAGGAGUGACAUUGAUCCCCUUAAAGCAUGGUACUAAUGGUACUAGCUUUGAUGGCUCACGAACAACAGGCAUUGUACCUUGCUUCUCGAGUUUACGUGUGCCAUUACGUUGCUUCAUUCCUUGCUCCUACUUCCUCUGGCACAAGUAUUGGCCAUAUAAGUACUAAUAAGGAAACUUAACAAUUAAUAAGUACACGUGCCCCUGAUGCUGCCGGACGAGAGCAUUGUCCAAUGCGCCUGGCCCAUCUCGUUCAAAUAAAACGUUGUGCACAGUCACACGUUUGAAUCACCGGGCGUUUUCCCCCUUUCAAAAACCGUACACGACUGUGACAGGGCCCAAGUGUCAGCGUAAAACAUCCAGAAGUCAAAAUUAGGUGGGUUUGAAUUAACAGGAUUGCACUGUGCAAGUAUGCGCUUGCUUUUGGUGAGUGGGUAGGAUGCCUUGAACAGGUCACACAACAUGACAAAGGAAAGAGAAAGUCCAAGAAGUGUUGAAGUAAGCAGUCAUGUUGCAAGAAAUAUCUCCAUUCUUACAUUUCUUAGGAUGCAUUUUUUCCCUUUGUUGUUGUUGCAAAAAAACUAUAUGCAAAAAAAAGAAAGCGAGAGCGAGAGUAAGGUAUUGUGCUCAUCAUCAUUGCACCCUUAGCACUAUUUUAUUCUUUAUUUUUGCCAUGCGAGACCGCGUUUUUAGGUUCACUAUAAUAAUUUACAGGAUAAUUAUUGCAUUGUAGAUGUGUGGAUUCAUGGAGAGUGGAAAAGGUGUGUUUUAGCCAAGCUGGGUUGAAUCAUGCAAAGGAAAUUUCUAGUUUGCAAACUUUGUGAGCUCUAUUCCCAUUCAGUUUGCCAUAUGGUAUUAAUUUUAUUAAUAAAGAUGUUAAUGUAAGUUUUAAAUUUAAAAUUAUUUCAUUCCAUGCCCCAAAGCCAACAUGAAAGAUACAAAUUAAAACAUUGAUUGGAACUUGAUGCCGUGCCUCAUAAUGCUGCUUGAAACGUACUGAAAAAGAACAGAAAGGAAAAAAGAUGAACAGUACAUGGGCCAAGGCAGGGAACUUUUGAGUUUUUUUUUAGUUUUUUCAAUGGGUGUUGCAUAUCUGUGCACUGUAGAGAAACACUUUUUUCUUUUUUUCGUAUGGAAAAUGCUUUUAGGGGUUAGUUCUGAAGCUCACGUUGCCUCAGAGUUCACACUGAAUAAAUUUCUGCAUGUAGA